AUGGAUCAGUUUGGGGACAGAGAGGCUGGUCCACCCUCUGGAAACACUGACAUCCAAAUCAAAGCUCAGAGGUGAGAUGAUGUUAUUUAAGUGUCCAUGACUCUUCUCAUCACUCCAACAUUACUAUCCACACUAUAAUCUUUGUCUGUAUUCAUGUCUGUGCAAGCCCCGAGCAAAAACCAGACUCUGCAGGACCUGGACCUAAAAUGAAACCUGCUGUCAGCUGUGAGUCCCUCAAGAGUGGCAGGUCCAAAGGCAAACUUAUAGAUUUCAAAGGUGGACCUGACCCAUCGAAGCAAAGGUAAUGAGUUGAAAUAUUCAAAUAAAUGUAACCUGUGGUCAUUGGGUGUUUUGGGUCUUUUCAAUCCCCAGUUUGCAUAAAUUUGAUGGCCCUCUUCUUGAGUCAGCUCCACUAACCCCAGCGAGCGUCCAGCUCACAAAGUCCUGAAGUCCCACCUCAACAAGCAAACAGUUGUUCCUGCCAUGCUUCCUGCCAUGCUUCCUGCUCUGCUCCGUCAGGUCUUGGUGCUCGGCCAAUUUUCACUCUUUUACUUAAUCCAAUGUGCGCUUCCAAGUUGCAGCUAGUUCCACCAUUAUUGCUUGUUUGGUGGAAUCAGGAAAGAUGGCCAUAAACAAGAGGGAAUGUAUUCUGGAUAUUGCAGCUGCUUGUCAAGGUCAGCCCUCAGUUGCCAUUCAGCUGCUGAAGUGAGGGGGUCAGUGGCUGAUCUUGGCUGCAGGUUCUUUCUUCUCCAGCCAUUUCAAAGGCGACUGAUCCACUCUGGAAAGGUCGUGGAGGGACUUAAAGGUGAGGAGGAGGACCUUGAAGGAGGACUGGCAGCAGAUGGGGAGAGAAAGGGGCGGAAUCUUGCAAUGUUUUUCAGGUGAAGGAAAGCGGAGCGGGCAAGUUGGUAGAUUCAGUGGUCAAAAGUGAGGUUGGGGUGGAGAUGGAUACCAAGGUUGUAGAUGAGUGAAGAGGAGGUGAUAUGGGAUUGGUCAACGUGGAUGGAGAUGUCUGAGGUGGUUUUGGUGAGGGUUUUGGGACCGAUGAUUAUGAGAUCUGAUUUGUCACUGUUGAGUUUGAGAAAAUUGUGGUGCAUCCAGGUUUUUAUUGCAUUGAGGCAGGAGGUGAUGGUGGCAAGGGUGGUGGAGGAGAUGGAGCUGGAGGAGAUGUAUAGCUGGAUGUCGUCGGCGUAGCAGUGGAAGUUGAGUCCAUGUUGCCGGAUGAUAUUGCCAAGGGGGAGUAGGUAGAGGGUGAAGAGUAGAGGACCAAGGCUUGGAUUCGAAACUGGACUAAAAAUUGUCUGCCUGAGGAGUGUUAUUCCAGGAGCUCCUCCACUGCUUUCCAUAUUCCUACUUUGUCCUCGCUCCCUGUCAUUUCAAACUCAUCAUCCUGCUUAGUCAUCUUCCAAACCUGGUUGAACUUCUUGAGAAGUCACCUCUCUUUGCCCUUGGAUUUGUAGAUCAGAGGUCUGGGGCUGUAACUGAGUUGCUUCAACGAAGACUCUUCUAUCUCAAGUGCCUAAAUAGCUCUCCAAUUCAUGCCCAUCAUGACCUCAAUUCUUACUUCUGCCACUUUGGGACCCCUUCAGUCUUUUUGCAGAAAGGCCUACCUUGUUCAGGACACCACAAACUCCUCUUUUUAGUUUGCUGAAGGGGAAUUACAGGUUUGCACUUUUGCCAUACAGUGUCACACUGUUCACGGCAAAGUUGCUGAUUCUCAUCUCAAUAGACUCUACUGUUGGUGUCAAGAUCUAACAGUUGAAACAGUUUUCUGAAGUUUGAUUUCUGCAUCAUUUUUAUCUGGUUUAUUAAUCUGUGAUGUUCAUGUUUAUCAAUCAGUGUUUGUGAUUCUGUCAGUGUCGAAGAUGAGAGACCAGACUCUCACGCACCUGAACCCAGCUAUUUGUUCAUCAACAGUGGCCAGUCUAUGUUUGACCCCAUUACAUUCAAGAAAGGAGAGAUUCCUGACUAUCAAAAGUAAGAAGUUAAAACAGCACUUUUGUUCUGUAUCAAAUAUUUUAAAUUCAACCCAACUGUGGUCAGUGUUUUAACAGUGAAGGUUAACAUAUUGUUCAUACCAGGAUCCCUUCAGGAUCAGGAUCUCUUUUCUCAGCAUGUAUUUCGUACUACAUUGAAUUUUCCAGCUGUAGCACAGUAUUUUGUUUAAUUUUAUGCAGAAAAUAAUGUAAAUAUACUGUAUUUGUUCCACAGAGUUCAUGAGAGAUCAGAGAUUACCAUUGGUCAGUCUUCUCAGCACCAUGAAACACAGCUGGACUUCAUAUUUGUGGUGCGUAAAUGUACAAACACAGUCACUACUGAUAAUCUAAAUAGACCCUCGCUUUAUUUGGAUGUUCCUGAAUCUUUUACCCAAAUACACUGCAAACAUCAUCUCUGCUUGAAUUACCCACAAACUCAUGGUUUGACAGAAUGAAGCCUUACAUUCCUGACAUGUAAAGAGUCAGAGGUCAGGGGUCGUGGUGAACAGGGGUCGGACUCAGACUUAAGCAGCAGAGAACAAAGUUUACAAACUGACUCCAAUUCAAAGUUUAAAUCACAUAAACAUCUGGUUACUGUCAGUAACACAAACUAAAAACUAAACCACUCUGUGAACCAGUCUCCAUACUGCACAUUUAAGACCAGCAGGCUUCCUGGCGGCCAGUGAGAAUCUGAGGUUUAGUUAAAGUUUCAAAUUAAAGUCUACAUUUUGUUUUGUCCCAGCUUCUGGAGGAGAACAUUAUCACUUUUGUAAAAAACGAGCUGAAGAGGAUCCAGAGGGCCUUGAGUCCAGAUUACCCAGAAUGCUCAGAGAGUCCAGGAGAGAAUGAGGAUGAAGAGCAGAGGAGGAGUAGAGAGGCCUUUAUGAAGAUCACCCAGGACUUUCUGAGGAAGAUGAAGCAAGAGGAGCUGGCUGACUGUCUGCAGAGUGGUAAGAUUUGAACAGAUAUAAGAUGAUGGGAAGAAUAGGAUAAGAUGAACUUUAUUUAUCCCCAAGGAGAAAUUUGAUAAGAUUCAAUAGAAUGAUCAUCACAUUUUUUUAUUCAUUCAGGUACUGUUGCCACAGAGCGGCAACAUAAACUGAAGUCUAACCUGAAGGAGAAGUUCCAGUGUGUGUUUGAAGGGAUUGCUAAAGCUGGAAAUCCAACCCUUCUGAGCCAGAUCUACACGGACCUCUAUAUCACAGAGGGAGGGACUGGAGAGGUCAACGAGGAACAUGAGGUCAGACAGAUUGAAACCACGGCCAGGAAACCAGACAGACAAGAAUCAACUAUCAGACAAGAAGACAUCUUUAACUCCCAACCUGGAAGAGAUGAAACAAUCAGGACAGUGAUGACUAAGGGAGUGGCUGGUAUUGGGAAAACCGUCUUAACACAGAAGUUCACUCUGGACUGGGCUGAAGAUAAAACCAACCAGGACAUCCAGUUCAUAUUUCCGUUCACCUUCAGAGAGCUGAAUUUGGUACAAGGGAGAAAGUUCAGUUUGGUGGAACUUGUUCAUCACUUCUUCACUGAAACCAAAGACGCAGGAAUCUGCAGGUUUGAAGAGUUCCAGGUUGUGUUCAUCUUUGAUGGUCUGGAUGAGUGUCGACUUCCACUGGACUUCAACAAGAAUAAGACUGUGACUGAUGUUACAGAGUCCACUUCAGUGGAUGUGCUCCUGACAAACCUCAUCAAGGGGAACCUGCUCCCCUCUGCUCGCCUCUGGAUAACCACAAGACCUGCAGCAGCCAAUCAGAUCCCUCCUGAAUGUGUUGACAUUGUGACAGAGGUCAGAGGGUUCACUGACCCACAGAAGGAGGAGUACUUCAGGAAGAGAUUCACAAAUGAGGAGCAGGCCAACAAAAUCAUCUCCCACAUCAAGACAUCUCGAAGCCUCCACAUCAUGUGCCACAUCCCAGUCUUCUGCUGGAUCACUGCUACAGUUCUGGAGGAUGUGCUGAAGACCAAAGAGGAAGAGGAGCUGCCCAAGACCCUGACUGAGAUGUACAUCCACUUCCUGUUGGUUCAGUCCAAGCUGAAGAGCAUCAAGUAUGACGGAGGAGCAGAAACUGAUACACACUGGAAGAUGAUUGAAUCUCUGGGUAAACUGGCUUUUGAGCAGCUGCAGAAAGGAAACCUGAUCUUCUAUGAAUCAGACCUGCUAGAGUGUGGCAUUGAUAUCAGAGCUGCUUCAGUGUACUCAGGAGUGUUCACACAGAUCUUUAGAGAGGAGAAGGGACUGUAUCAGGACAAGGUGUUCUGCUUUGUCCACCUGAGUGUUCAGGAGUUCCUUGCUGCUCUUCAUGUCCACCUGACCUUUGUCAACUCUGGAGUCAAUCUGAUGGAAGAUGUGCCAAUAGUAUCCUUGAUCUCAAAAAUCUUUAAUGUAAAACAUAAACACAAGCUUAAAAAUCUCCAUCAGAGUGCUGUGAAAAAGGCCUUACAGAGUGCAAAUGGUCACCUGGACUUGUUCCUCCGCUUCCUCUUGGGUCUUUCACUUGAGACCAAUCAGAAUCUCCUCAGAGGUCUACUGACACAGAUGGAAAGUAGCUCACAGACAAACCAGGAAACAAUCCAGUACAUUAAGAGGAAGAUCAGUAAGAGUCUUUCCGCAGAGAAAAGCAUCAAUCUGUUCCACUGUCUGAAUGAACUGAAUGAUCACUCUCUGGUGGAGGAGAUCCGACAAUCACUGAGAUCAGGAAAUCUCUCGACAGAGAAAAUGUCUCCUGCUCAGUGGUCAGCUUUGGUCUUCAUCUUACUGUCAACAGAAAAUGAUCUGGAUGUGUUUGACCUGAAGAAAUACUCUGCUUCAGAAGAGGCUCUUCUGAGGCUGCUGCCAGUGGUCAAAGCCUCUAACAAAGCUAUGUAGGUGGAAUAAGCAGGUUUCCAACUUUCACCUUUAAAGCAAAAUUAUACUUAAUGUCACCUAUUUCUUCUUUAGACUGAGUGGAUGUAACCUUUCAGAGAAAAGCUGUGAAGCUCUGUCUUCAGUCCUCAGCUCCAGGUCUUCUAGUCUAAGAGAGCUUGACUUAAGUAAAAAUGAUCUGCAGGAUGCAGGCGUGAAGCUGCUGUGUGCUGGACUAGGAAGUCCAUACUGUAAACUGGAAACUCUCAGGUAAGUUUUUCAGCAAAAUCUUCAUCCCCCCUUUGUAGAGUUUCAUAAAAGAAAAUAGUCAAGACCUGUAUGCUUUUGUUUAAUGCAUGAUUUUUUUCUAACUCUAGUCUAUCAGGUUGCAUGAUCACAGAAAAGGGCUGUGUGUCUCUGGCCUCAGCUCUGAGCUCCAACUCCUCCAACCUGAGCAAGCUGGAUCUGAGCUACAAUCAUCCAGGAGACUCAGGAGUGAGGCUGCUUUCUGCUGGACUGCAGGAUCCACUCUGGAGACUGGAAACACUGAGGUAUAAACAGGCUAUGAGUCGUUCGACAGCGAAUGCUCUAUUAGGCAAAGCAUUGUGGUGCAUGGUGUGAGUGUCACUGUUAUUUUCCAUGCAUUCGUUUUACUCCCUGCACCUGUGUUGUGCACUUGUUCUAAUGCUAGUGCCCAUAUGUGUGUGUUGGUUUUAAACCAAGAAGCAGUCAGGCCCAAAGGCCUCAUGUUGUCAUCUUCAGGAUGUGUGGAGCACCUGUGCCUUAGACCAACAACAAGAACUUUAUUGAUCCCAAGGGGAAUGUAAGGGUGCAUUAGCGAAAUAAUAAGAUGCUACCAGAGUUCACAACUUGCAUUCAAUCCCACACAUUUAUAGGGAAAUAUAUUUUUUCAACAACAGUUGAGUCUUUUUAUCGUCUUCAUUUACCUUUAUACAGUAUAAUAGUAUACAGUAUACACAGAACAACCACCCCGAUCUGCCCUUCAGGACUUCACCAAGACCUCCACAAGACAUUGAAAUAUUGUGUCAGUCAAGACAACCCAACAAAGUCUAGAGCCCACAAUAUCUCUGAGGGUAUCACGAUGCCUUCCCACUGAGGGCUGUUUGACUACCUCUGUAAUCUCUGCUUAGGGUAUAGACAAGGCCUCCUGGAUCUGAAGACUCUGCCUUUUGCUUUGCCUUCUGAAUAUUCUUUUGGUACUUUCUUGGAGGAUCUCCACCCCGUGAAAGUGAAAGACUAAUGGAUCAGUGGGUUCAGAUUUGAUCUGGACAGUUUUUCUGUCAUAGUGACAAACUCAGGAACACUGCGUCAGGAUAAACAGAAGCUCUAAAUCAUGGUGGACAGAAAAUGAUUCUGUGUUUCUUCCUUCAGGGUGGACUAUGGUGGAGAGGGGAGAUUAAAACCUGGUCUGAAGAAGUGUAAGUAUGGACUCCAUUUGACUUAUGAUGUUGUGACUAACAAUAAACUUUUGUCUCUUGUGAAUUUUUUUCACUGCCAGAUUUCUGCCAAGUCACACUGGAUCCAAACACGGCACACAGACACCUCAGACUGUCUGAAAACAACAAGGAAGCGACCCGUGUGUGGGGAAGCCGGUCAUAUCCUGAUCACCCAGACAGAUUCAACAACACCUCACAGCUGCUGUGCAAAGAUGGCCUGACUGGUCGUUGUUACUGGGAGGUUGAGUGGGCAGGGAAGGUUCAUGUAUCAGUGAGUUACAGAGGAAUCAGAAGGAAAGGGAAGGGUAAUGACUGUGAGUUUGGGUCAAACGAUCAGUCCUGGAGUCUUGGAUGCUCUGGCAAAGGUUACUCUGUCCGUCACAAUGACAGAGAAACAGUCAUGUGUCUUGCCUCAUCCUCUUUCUCGGACAGAGUAGCAGUGUAUCUCGACUACCCUGAUGGUGUCCUGUCCUUCUACAUAGUCUCCUCUGGUACACUGAUCCACCUCCACACCUUCAACACCAUAUUCACGGAACCCCUCUAUCCUGGAUUUGGGUUGUUGUACGGUUCCAUGGUGUAUCUGUGUUCCAUAUAGGAGAGAGAAAAGAGAAAGUCUCCUCCUUUCACAAACACCAUUUAUACAAAGGACUGAUGAAUGAAAUUUUACCCGCUGCACCCUGUGUGAAAAUCAGCCUGUAUCUGAGUAAGUCAGCAACCAAAGAGCCAAAGAAUUACAGUAUUUGAAUUUAGUGAAGUCUCCCUCUGCUGGCUGUUAUGAAGAAUGCAGGUCUCAGUUUCAUCCGCGUUAACCUUACAUCUCAAAAUAAGACUGUUCACUUUGUGUAAUUUGAGGUCUAACCAUUAAGAGAUGAAUGAAUACACUUCAGAUAAGUGACUCUCACAUUUAUACAAAAGUGAUGAUAUACUCUUAUCCUGUAGACUGAAUGAAGAAAACACAAAGUGACUGAAAAUUACUGAAAAACAGUUACUCUGCCGACAUCUGUAUCAUUAGUUGUGCUGUACUGCACACAGCAACCAGACUCCGUUAGUAGAAAUAAUGUUGAUAUUUUGUGUUGACUUAUUAUAGAUGAUGCUCAGAAUACAUCAUGUGUCCUUCUCUUGUUAAAUGACACCAAAUUUCUUUUGGCACCGGGACUCUUGUUCUACAGAGCCAUGCUGUUGUAAAACCUGCAACGUGUGGUUUGGGCAGUGUCUUACAUGAAGGUCUUCCCUGAAAAAGGCAUUGUCUGGAUGGCAGCAGAUGUUGCUCCUAAACCUGUAGAUAUUGUUCAGCAUGAAUGGAGCCCUCACAGAUGUGGAAGAUACCCAUGACAUGGACUCUGAUGAUCCAUUAACGGGGCUCCUUAUGAUUCAGGUCCUUAGCGAUACUGCUGUUGAGCCUUCUGUAUUAUUUGGUGGAAUGACAAGAUGACUAUAUGUUUUUUAUAUGUCUGUUUUUUUAACCAUUCAGUGUCCCAAGUUUUUUAAAAUUUGGACUUUAAUUUCUAUCUUUGACUAAAAUGGAAGUUUUAUAUCAGUUAAUGUCCUUUUUUCAUUCUGUGUACUGAUGUAAACGCUUCUGUGUUUUUAUUCUUCAUACCCACUUUAAGAUGAUAUUUCAUAACUGAUUCAGUACAAAAUAAAGCUGUUAAAUGUUAUUUUGCUUGUGGUCUCAGUUUCCAUCAAAGUGUUAACAUGUCAGGAUAAUGCAGUUGAAGAGAAGUUACUGAAGCUGUGUUUUGGUGCUUGUGGAUAUCGGACGGAGUGUAUCAACAGAGCUUUAUGCAGAUAUUCAUCCGGUCACUGACCCAUCACCCGGUCUAAACAAACAUCCUCCUGCAUGAACUUCGUCCAGCGGGAUCGAGUCUCUAUUGAGGAAUAAGCUGCAGCUAAAUGUUUCCAACAUGGCAGAGAGGAAAACGACGCUGAAAGCUGCAGGAGAGCCCGACUUCCUCCAAUUUAAUGAUCUAGCCUGUGAGGCAGUUGGUGGGAGGGUGAGUCACUGCAGAUACAGCAGAAAUACAUGCUAACAUUUUAAUUAAGUAAUAUGAGCCCACACUGAAGAGUUAAAAGUGUGAAACAGACUGUUCCUUGAUUCAACACCUUUAAAAGUCAAGUGUUUCAAUAAUGUGCUUUAUCAAAGACACUAAAACAAUCAUUUUAGUUACUCACUAAAGUUAAAGUACAAACAUAACAAGACCUGCAACAAGAACUGUGGUGCUCCCAGUUUCAUGUAACUUAAGUAUCACGGGCAAAGUAAUUGGUUAUCCUGCAGAAAGUUGUUGCCAAUAUUAUUGUUCAUACUCAUGUUGUCCUGAAACUUUAUGCUAAGCUAACCAACUACAGGCUAUAAUUGAGAUUAAUCGAUUACAAGUCUUCUGUUUACACUAAAGUUUGUGUUGUUCUGUGUUUCGUCAGACUGUAAACGAUUCACCAUUUUACAUAAUAGAGAAACUCCAUUAAUGUUAACUGUUAAGCAGAUGACACCAAACUACACUCAUCAAUAGAGUCAGAUGAAACCAAAAAACAUCAACAGUGCAGUUAUUGACCUGACCUGACUGAUAUAUCUACCUUAUGUAUCAGCCUCACAUCCAGCCCUGCUGUUGGGAAUCGGGAAUCCGGUUUGAACAUAAUACAUCCUUCAUUGACCAAUCUCCACCUCGGACUUGAGUUUUCUGUAAAAGGCCAUGUUAUAACUUUUGCUGUGAAUUAACAGGAAAUACAUUCAAAGUGAUUUUCUUUCUAGGUAAUUUUUGCCACUGAUGAAUGGUUCGCUCAGGCUGCAAACUUGCUGAAGGUAAAACUCCUGAUCAGGUUUAGGUUCAAACCAACAUAGUUAUCUUCAUGGAAGGAUGCAAACUUCUGGUUUGCUGAUGUAAGUCCAGUACAUAUUAUGACAUGUACAUGUCCAAAAAAAACACACUGAAUAUAUUUUGUUUCUUUCUUUGGGCGCAGAGGGAGCCGCCACAGUUCAUUGCCUCUGCCUUCACUGAGUUUGGGAAAUGGAUGGAUGGAUGGGAGACGAGGAGGAAGAGAAUACCGGGUUAGUAUCUGGAAUAAUCUCUCUCAUUUUCCUGAGAUGUUCAUAGAAAAGGGAAACAGAUUGAUUUCAUACAUUAUGAAGUCAUAAUAACUAGUCAACAUCUGCCUGUUUAAUAUAAGAUAGCUCGUGAGGUACAUUAUUGUCUGGCAAACAUCUUCAUAUGAGCCCAAUAAUGACAAGAGCAGCUUUAAUCAAGGCAAAUUUGCUAGUGUGAUGAAUUGUCCAUAACCACUCAUGAAUGAUGGGCAUGUCCAAUGUGACAUCAAAUAUUGCUUUUCCAAAGGGAGCAACUGGUUUCCCACUUUGGAUCAAGCUUUGGAUGACCAUGAUGUGGAAGAAUUACUUUGUUGGUCAUGAGUUGGAGACAAUCUUGUAUCUUAAACAGAAAUGUAUAUUUACUGUCUACUGUCUACAAACUGCUGAUCAAUAAGGGAGUCAUGACAUGAUUGACUAUGUUUAAGAUGAAAAUGAUCGCCCCAGAAAGAUGAACAUCCACUUAACAAAGACUGCUUUUCAUCCUCUAAAAUUCUAACUGGAAUGAUCCAUAAUAUAUCUCCCCAUUUACUCUAUCUGGAAGGUCAGGACUGGUGCAUCAUCCAGCUGGGAGUGCCUGGGCUGAUCUACGGCUUUGAUGUCGACACGUCUUUCUUCACUGGAAACCACUCACCCUUUGCCUCCAUCCAGGCCGGCUGUCUCAGUACGAACUGCUCUGGCUUAUGCUCAUUCAUUAUAGACUGAUUUUUUGUCUUAAUGCAUGAGCAACAAAAUGGUUUAUGACACAAUAACAUUGUAGACUUCAUCUCAAAUGUGGCACAAAGUGGCAUAGGGCAAAUGUCAUUGCAGUUAUACCCAAUGUGGCGUCAGAUUUAUGUCAGGAUAAAAAGGUUUAAUUGCUGCAGAGUCAGUAAUGAUUGUGAAAGUUUGUGAAAUGGAAGCAGCAGCAGUGAAUUACAAGCAGUCUGAUGUGAUCAUUGAGGGCUCUGAAAUUUCUUCAACUAUGAGCCAGUAAAUAACCUGAAACAGUAAAGUUCUUUGUAAAUGAUCUUUGCCAGAUGAGACACCCAACCUUGCCCUAGAUGGAGAUCGAACUGGCAUGGCCGCCUCAGAGAGUCAGCUGGCUGCUGUCGCCAAGGUAACACAACUCUGAUUUUAAGCGAUAGCGUCACAGUGGUAUCAUCAAUCUCUGAUAUACAGUCACACAGUAAUCAGGUCUGGUUUGAUUGACAGCUGGGCUCAGAGGCGUGGCCAGAGCUGGUGGGUGUGUCACAGCUCAAGCCUGGAUACUCCGACUGCUGCCAUAACUACUUUACAGUCAACUUCAACAGCAGAGUGACACACCUGCGCCUCAACAUGUACCCAGGUACACACACAAAAAAAGACACUACUAUUUUGUAAAACACCAACAGCACUUUUGAGCGCCUAUGUGUCCUCAGAUGGGGGGAUAGCGAGGCUGCGGGUGUAUGGAGUCGGACAGAGAGACUGGUCAUCUGUACCCCUCGACCAGGAUGUCGACCUGGUGGCCCUGACCAAUGGAGGAGUCGGUCUCGGCUACAGUGAUGCACACUUUGGGCAUCCACGCAACAUGAUCGGUUGGACUCACACACAUAGUUCUACCUGUAUAUGCUGAAUACUGUGUCCGUGUUUGGCUUGAGCAACUCUCUGGAAACAGAUGGUGAAACUAGUGUGAUGCAUUUGCAGGACUUGGCCGGGCGGUCAACAUGGCUGAUGGCUGGGAAACAGCCCGCAGACUGGACAGACCCAAACACCUGGAGGUUUGAACACACCCAUCUAAACAUUAACAUCACAGAAACCUAAACUCCCUUUUUUUUAAUCUAAAACGUCAUGUCUUUCUAGUCAUAAACUCCUGUCCAUUUUAAAAGUAAACAAACUUCCAGAAAUAUUCUUAUUUUUAACCUUUAAAUGGUAUUUCUACUGUCUAAAGACCAGAGUUCACUUGUUUUUUCCACAACUGGGCUUGAAACUGAGGAUUGCAUUGGGUGGAAAAUAACAAUGAAUCUGCACUGCAAAGAGAUAAGCGUCAGUGAUUUCCGAAAAGAAUGUUGAAUUUUGAUUUAUUAUAGCACAAGACUGUUUUUUGGCUGUACAACAGAGUUUCAACAUACCAGAGUCGUAAUAUGCCCAUUCUGCUGACAAUUGUGUCCCUGCCUCUUGUCUUGCAGGUAGAUCAGAGAGGGAUCUUGCAGGUCCCGGGCUGGGAGUGGGCUGUGUUUCGACUCGGUCAUCCAGGAGUCAUCAGUCGCAUUGAGGUUGACACAAACCACUUUAAAGGUUCGGGCCUCACGUUUACUGUCUGUGUGGAAGAGGUGUGUGAGGAACAGGAGAGAACAACACCUCACCUGUCUGUUUCCAUCCAGGUAACUUCCCGGACUCCUGCAGGAUCGAGGCUUGUUGUCUGACCUCUGAGGAGGAGGCUCAGUGCAUUAGGAGCAAGUGGAAUUCUGGGAAAUGGCAGGUCCUGCUUCCCCCACAGAAAGUAUGUUUACUCCCGCAGUCCCUGUUUACACCAUGUUGACAAUCUUUUCUAAAGAACAAAAAUACACAUAAAACCAGUGACUGAAUCCAGAACAGACAAUUUUUAUAAAGAAGCAACCACAGAUAUCCCAGCUGUGUGUGAACUGAAGGCACUUAACAUGCACUCUGUUUGAUUUUGAUGUACAGCCAAUACAAGCCCUUUAACUCUCAGCCUGCAAAGACCUCCUCUCAAAAAGCAAUACUGUCAGAAUCUUGACUCUCUGUGACUCCAGCCUCCUUUCAGAGUGACUCAAUUACCGAGUAACUGCAUCAGAAAAGUCAUUCACUCACUUUAAAAUGCAACUUAUGCUUGAGUAUGUGACCAAAAGUAGCAGUUAACGAGAACCUUGGUUAGAGUCCUUGUCGAUGCAGACUUUGUAAACUUGCUGUCACAGAAUAGCUGAUAGGUCACAUUUUUCCAGAACCGGCUACUAUAACUUGUAUAGAGACGAGGGAAUGCGCAUGUGUAACUUUAUAGUUAAUUGAGGGCUGAGACAGAAAAACGUGAUUAGCAGUAAAUUCAGACAGGUAGACAACUUUUAAUCUACGUUUUAACAACAGUUUAUUCAUUUCACUCAAUUGUUGAAAACAUUGACCACAAUUCUUUUGAAAUCCAGACCUCAAUCUGACUUAUUUAAAAAACAUAUUAUUCAAUAAUAGUCCAUUAUUCUUCUUGCAGAGAGAGGUGGGGCGGUGACUAGUUAGCGCCCCCUAUUGAUCCUCUACUACUGACAAAACUGUUUAAGUUUACAGAUAAACAUAAUUAUUCACAGUGUUUGGUUCUAACUCCACGUCAUUCACAGAUGAGGAAGCUCUCAUUCAAUCUGGUCACAUGAUGAGGUUCUGUUUCCUGUCUCUCCUGUGUGUCUGCAGCUUCGUCCUCACCAUAUUCAUCUUUACCAGGCUGAGCUGAACCCCAGCCCACCCGUCACUCACGUACGUCUCAUCAUUAGCCCAGAUGGAGGAGUCAGCAGGCUGCGUCUGUGGGGUCGACCCACACCUACUACUGCUGCUCCAGCCAUUCAGAAGAGAACUGUGUCCAAGCUGUGA